CGAACAACAACAGUCAAGGAGUACCCAUUGAUUGAGAAGUUGUUGGAGAUGGACUCGUCUGCUUUGACGACACGUCUGCCUGCGCGGUUGCCACGAAUUGGUAAAAACGAUCCUUUCAAUGCGCUGAUACAAAAGCUUGCAAGGUACAUAGCUGACAUUGUACUCCAACAGNNUGUUCUGAAAGGCCAUUUUGUCACCCUUGAGGCCGAUGAGGAGCAGGGCAUCCAUGCCGCCAGAGGAUUUGCUUGUGAAGCUGUUGCUACAAGAUUCAUCAUUGGGUUGGCCGACAGGGAGAUCAUCGAUUCGCUUCUUUACGAGUUAGAGAUCCCUGAUAACUCCGAGACUGACAACCAAGUCGUGGAUGAGAACCAGCCAGAGCUCCUAUCGCCAGUCACCGAACAGUCUCCUCUGCUGUCACGAUCAAGUCUACGUUCUCGUGGAAGCCACAGAAGCAGGCUCACCAUCCCGGAAGCCUAUGACGGAGCGGUCGAAGAAUCAACUGCUGCUACUGAUUCCGAGUUGGCCGAACAAUUUGACGGCCUCAAUGCCUUGGAGAUUGCGGCUGUGUCGGGAGCCAAGAAGUUCCUCUGUCAGAAACAGGUCCAAAGAAUCAUCAACGCUAUCUGGACUGGAGAUAUCAUGUUCUGGAGCAAACUCAGUGCGGAUGCGCAGAAAAAGGCCCAGAUCUACCAGCGCAAGUCCAUGGAUCCUUACUGUCGCCUGCGUGUACCCAUCUAUCUCAAAGCUUUUGAAGUCCUCUUCUUUGUGGCAUUCCUGGCAUUCUAUUUCGUCGUUCUGAUGCAGCGUUCAUUCCAUUCUGUCACCACAGCUGAGAUCUUUCUCUACAUCUGGAUCACCUCGUUUGCUCAUAAUGAAAUUGGUGAAUACUGGGACGCCGGAACUACAACUUUCUAUCUUGCAGACUUUUGGUCUCUCUGGGAUUUGUUCGUUAUUGGUAUUGGAGUCGCAUUCUUCAUCACUCUGCUUCAGGACUUCCUCAAGUUCCUUUCGCUCGUCGCAAUAUUGUACUGUGGGUUCUUGUCCACCUUCUGCCUUCUAGGCAGAGGCCAGUUCACCUCUCGACAGAUGGCCCUUAUUCUGACNAAAGUUUUCUUCGGAAGCUCAUAUCUGGGCUUCGAUAUAAGCGAUAAGAUCUCACCUUACCUCGGUCUUCCGCUCAUGUUGAUUUUCAUAACGUCANNAUUGACACAAAUCCUUCUGAUCACUUCGCUCAUCUCGAUCCUGUCUAAUAGUCUUUCCAAUGUUCUCUCACAUGCCAGGGAAGAGUAUCUAUAUGUUUACUCGGUCUUUGUGCUCGAAGCUUCGACAUCGAACAGACUCACCUAUUUUGUUCCUCCCUUGAACCUGUUCUCACUUGCUCUUAGACCUUUGAGAGUAUUCUUGUCUGCCGAACAAUUGCGCUACAGUCGCAUCGUGGUUCUCAAGAUGACGCAUUUGCCUCAUGUACUCCUCAUAAAUCUGUACGAGAAGAUGCAGUCUGUUCGUAGAAAGAACACUACUGGAUUCGGUCUAGGAUCACCUCGAGGUAUCGAAAAGCCACCCGGCUGGAGACGAUCUGUCCUGAACAAGAGACUUCCAUCACGAUUCCCGCUAUUGGCGCCAAAUUCGAGACCGGACACGGCCGUGGACCAAUCGCAGAGCUCACCAGGCUCACAGCCUUCAACCCCUGCAGCUCCCAUCAACGACAUGAAGACCGUGCUCGAUCAGCUCACUUUGCAGAUAGCACAGCUCAGAGAUGUUAUCGAAGAGCAAGAGCGUCAGCUCCAAGCGAAUGCAGCAGCUUAG